AUGGCCUUUUCGCCUCAAGCAGUCGAAUUGGUAUUAACUAAACUUGGGCCGUUGGCGUUUCGGCCAUUUGUACAAGGGCCACGUGGCUGCACUAGCCUCGCAAUGUGUGAAUCUGGGACUGUUCUUCAAAGUAUUUUUGAUCAUCCAGCUGAAGCCUUUGCGCCUCUAGUGACACCAUUGGCAGCAUUGCCCUUCGCCUGCUACUUGGGUGCUACCAGCAACUGGUACGGCCACUCGGUAGCAGCUGUGGGCCUUCUACCAUGGCAGCUUCUAUUUAAUAGUUUGGUAUUUUAUGGAUUUCUGCCUUUCUAUAAAUUCAAGCUCGAUUGGUUCAAACAAACAUGCUUCUACGGAUCGAGUGGCUCUAGUCGUUGUUACCCUAACUUCCCCUAUAUCAUAGAACUUAUGAAGCUGUCGCAACAGCGGAUGCUAAAUCACUUAACCUCAAACUUUUUACAAUUUAAACGCCAAUACCUCCAUGCUUGCAGUUUAUCAUUCCUAGCCAUUUGUAUUUACAUUGCUCUUGUAGGAUGUGAGCUCGUCAAAUCUUUAGUUCUCAACGGAUUUAAGCGCAUAUCAGUGGUCGAUCACGAUAGGAUUACACUCUCGAAUCUCAACAGGCAGUUCCUGUUCCGUCCAUGCGACGUCAACAAGUUCAAGGCGCAGGUGGUGUGCGAGUACCUUAACCGCUACGCUCUUGCCGCCGACUCCAUUACCACCAGUUGUCCCGGUGGCACCACUGAUACUACUGCGGAUUCCAGAAUGACGUUCUCGCAAGCCGCCUGGGAUGAUGGUGCGCCGACUCAGUGUGCUGGUCGGAGCCUGGACCACUCCCCCGGCCCGCUGGAGCGGCGCCCUGCUUCCCCCGCUAACUCACACGAGGGCACCAGCGCCCCAAUCGGGGACGAACCUAUAAGUGCAAAAUGUUACUGCUGUAAGGUUCAGCAGCUGGAACUAGAGACGCUGUCGCAAUUUGACGUUGUCUUCUCCGCAGUGGACUCGGUGACAGCGAGAAGGUGGCUCAACUGGGCCCUGUUCCAGAUUGUAGACCGCAAGCAGCAGCCAGGCGGACCUUCUAGGCCGGACUCGACGAGCCAAGCAGACCUGGGCACCCGUGACCCUGCAGGCAGGGAGAUUCGCCGUUGCUCCCGCACAGUGCUGAUAGACGGCGGCUCCCAGGGCCUUUACGGACACGUGAGGGUGGUUUCGCCGUUUUCCACCCCCUGUGUCGAGUGCACGCUCGGGAUGUUCUCGCCCGAGCCCCCCCUGCCCUGCCUCUUGACGGCACUGAGGACCCCCGAGGACUGCGUCCGUCACGCACUGAGCCUCCAACUUGAAGCCCCGCCCGAUCACGCCAGUGAUGCACAUCAAGUUGGCCCGGAAUUACUUCUGGACAGGGUCUACGAGUGCUCCAGGGAGUUGGCCGAAGUUAACCGCAUUGCCGGGGUGACUCGCGACCUGGUUGACCGGAUUUGCAACAGGUCCACCCCGAACGUGGCCACCACCAACAGUGUGGUCGCCUCUCUCAUGGUUAACGCCCUGUUGACCAGGAUCAGAGACGGAGCCACUGCAGAUAACUUCUACUUUUACACGGGCCGCUGCUCUACUGGGCUAACAAAGUUUUCCCUUGAGCCCGAUGUGGCCUGCACAGUGUGCGGGUCCGAGUGCAUGGACCUGAAGACGUCCCGCCGCACUACGCUCCGCGAGCUGCUGUCCACGCUGUCCUUGCGGCUCAAUUCAGAGGAUCUGAACCUGCUUUCCGACGAGGUAGCCAUUGCUUAUACUGGCACAAUCUACUUGGGCGCCCCUGCGUCUCUCAGAGACGCUUAUAGACACCGCUUAGAUACGAGACUCAGUGAUAUAGUCGCGGGAAGCUGCAAAAUAUACGUUACAAGUUCAACCGGUCGGACCACAUGGGUGGUUAACCUAACCUUUACCUACGACUAA